AGAAUUCGUGUUGCUCUUAUUAUAAAGAUUUUUUUCCUAUAAUAAGUCAUGUUAUGAAAUGCGAUAAUCAAAAAUAAGGACUUCUUGUUGAAAUCGACUUGAACAUUUUAUCAUAUAAUUUAUCGCGCUUUAGAGAGAAAUAUGAAAUAAAUUAAGAUACUUUUGAAACAUAAAUGUAUUAAAUUGUAGCAAUGAACUAUUAAAUUAAAUAUUUUGAAACAGGCACAAGAGGGAAUGUAACUGUUUUUUUUUUUUUUUUUUUUUUUUGUUGUUGUUGUUGUUUUUUGUAUGACAUAUGUUGAAAAAAAGUCUGCUUGGUAUAAAAUUGUGCCCAUUUCAACGCGAAGUAAUAGUUUUUGCUUGACAUGAUGGCAAAAUAUUUUGCAGCGUUUGCAGUAAAUUGUGUAAAACUAUGUUGUUGUUUUUUUUCUAGUAAAUUUCCUUUCCAUGCUAUAUGGAUAGGGGCCAAUGAUCGAUUGUUUGAGGGCGACUAUAUGUGGACGGACAGAUCAGCAAUAACAUUCCAUAACUGGUUUCCGGGUUGGCCGCAUGCAAAUGAAAGUAUAACGCAUAGCAUAAGGCAACCAAGCGAUGACGGGUACUCGGAUGAAGACUGCGUGGAAAUUAGAAGGUUGUUUUCUUAUCCCGGUAAGGGAACCGGUCAAACAAGCUCCUUUUUUUGGAACGAUAGAAACUGCGAGGAAAAGAAUCCAUUUAUCUGCCAAUACGAUAAACACAUCAGUAAGAGAUCAAUUGACCACGUGCCUUUACAGUGCGACAAACUGCUCCAACUAACUGAUGACACACCAAAUGUGAUACUUACCUCCCCUGAUUACCCACAGACCUACCCAGCAUUAGCCUCAUGUCACACCAUUGUAACCGCACCUGCUGGGAAACAGUUACACAUAGACUUCUUACAUUUUGAUAUUGAGGAUGGAAAACAGUAA